CGGACAAGCAACCUGAGUGAUCAAAAUGUCUGAUCAGAAAGGAGAAGGCGAAACGUUCGCAUUCCAAGCGGAAAUUGCGCAACUGAUGAGUCUUAUCAUCAAUACCUUUUAUAGUAACAAAGAGAUCUUUCUUCGUGAACUGAUCUCAAACUCGUCAGAUGCGUUGGAUAAGAUCCGUUAUCAAGCACUCACCGAGCCAAAUGAGCUCGACACUGGCAAAGAGCUCUACAUCAAAAUCACGCCCAAUAAGGAGGACAAGACAAUGACUAUCAUGGACACUGGUAUAGGUAUGACGAAGGCAGACUUGGUCAAUAAUUUGGGUACGAUCGCGAAGUCUGGCACGAAAGCAUUCAUGGAGGCUCUUCAGGCUGGUGCUGAUAUUUCAAUGAUCGGUCAGUUCGGUGUGGGUUUCUAUUCUGCGUUCCUAGUUGCGGAUAGAGUAACAGUAACUUCGAAGCACAACGAUGACGACUGCUAUCAAUGGGAGUCGUCUGCUGGAGGUUCGUUCAUCAUCCGUCAGGUGAACGAUCCUGAAAUGACACGCGGUACAAAGAUCACUCUCUACAUGAAGGAGGAUCAGACGGAGUAUUUGGAAGAACGCAAAAUUAAGGAGAUCGUCAAGAAGCACUCACAGUUCAUCGGAUAUCCUAUCAAACUGACGGUGGAGAAAGAGCGAGAGAAGGAGGUGUCAGAUGACGAAGCAGAAGAAGAGAAGAAGGAAGAAGAACAGAAAAAGGAAGGUGAGGUGGAAGAUGUUGGAGAGGACGAAGAUGAGGAUAAGAAGGACAAGGAAAAGAAGAAGAAGAAGAAGAUCAAGGAGAAGUACUGCGAAGACGAGGAAUUGAACAAGACGAAGCCAAUCUGGACACGUAACCCUGAUGACAUCAGCAAUGAAGAAUACGCCGAGUUCUAUAAGUCACUGUCGAAUGAUUGGGAAGACCAUUUGGCGGUGAAGCAUUUCUCGGUUGAGGGUCAACUCGAAUUCCGCGCAUUGCUGUUCGUCCCACAACGUGCACCAUACGAUUUAUUCGAGAACAAGAAAACUAAGAAUGCAAUCAAACUGUACGUUCGUCGUGUGUUCAUCAUGGAGAAUUGCGAUGAGCUGAUGCCCGAAUACUUGAACUUCAUCAAGGGUGUGGUGGAUAGUGAGGACUUGCCAUUGAACAUCUCGCGUGAAAUGUUGCAGCAAUCAAAGAUUCUGAAGGUUAUUCGCAAGAAUUUGGUGAAGAAAUGUAUCGAACUGUUCGACGAGAUCGCUGAGGACAAAGAUAAUUUCAAGAAAUUUUACGAGCAGUUCUCCAAGAACAUCAAGCUGGGCAUUCAUGAAGACUCGACGAACCGCAAGAAAUUAUCAGAAUUUCUGCGAUUUUACACAUCGAAUUCGGCUGAGGAGAUGUGCUCGUUGAAAGAUUACGUGAGUCGUAUGAAAGAGGAGCAGAAGCAAAUUUACUUCAUCACGGGUGAAUCUAAAGAGUCAGUGUCAAGUUCGGCAUUCGUGGAGCGUGUCCGAAGACGUGGAUUUGAGGUGGUAUAUAUGACUGACCCUAUCGAUGAGUACUGUGUGCAGCAAUUAAAAGAAUAUGACGGCAAGAAGUUGGUAUCGGUGACGAAAGAAGGUUUGGAGCUGCCGGAGAGCGAGGAUGAAAAGAAGAAAUAUGAGGAGGACAAGGUCAAGUACGAGAAUCUUUGCAAGGUGAUCAAGGACAUCCUCGAGAAGAAGGUUGAGAAAGUGGCCGUUUCGAAUCGUUUGGUCUCAUCACCUUGCUGCAUCGUCACUUCAGAAUACGGCUGGUCAGCCAACAUGGAACGUAUCAUGAAGGCACAGGCGUUGCGAGACUCUUCAACAAUGGGUUAUAUGGCUGCAAAGAAGCACUUGGAGAUCAAUCCUGAUCAUUCAGUGAUAAAGGCGUUGCGCGAACGGGUUGAGGCCGAUAAGAAUGACAAGACUGUUAAAGAUUUGGUGGUGUUGUUGUUCGAAACUGCACUUCUAUCGUCCGGCUUCACAUUGGACGAUCCUCAGUUGCAUGCGUCCAGAAUAUAUCGUAUGAUUAAGUUGGGAUUGGAUAUUGUCGAAGAGGACGAGGAUGAGCCUGUUCCAUCAAGCUCUGGGGAAAAGGAUGAACAGAUGCCACCUCUCGAAGGAGCUGAGGAAGACGCAUCACGGAUGGAAGAAGUCGAUUGA